GAAGACAGAGUUCAGCCUGUACCGCACCUGUCUAUAAGGAGCCUAUUUUGCCCUCGUACGGUGUUGCAACAUUCUCGCCCAAGUUGCAAUCUUCUCAUUUUUUUAAAAUUUAACAUUCGCCGUCGUACCAGUUGUUUCUGUGAUUCGGGGUCGCGAAGCCUACUGUUGCAGCCGAGGUACUACCUAUGGUGGAUCGAAAGUCCCUCCAGCCAUCUUCAAGUGUAGCUGCGCCAAGCUGCUCUUCCGUUGGUCGGGCCACGGCUAACUGCUGGCCAAAGUCUUGAGCCACUUCUACGUUACGCAGUCGCAAUCCGAGUCAGGAACAUAUAUUUGCUCCAGCACGUCACAUUUUUGAGAUAUUGUUCAAAUUGUAUAUGGUAAAAAAUGUGAUUAAUUUUUGAAAUACCAUCAUUCUCGCGCGUAGCUCUCUGACAUUUAGUGAUACAAAUAACACAUUAUAGAUGAAAAAGCUGGAACUUGUACAUACACAGUCUACAGUGUUUUAUUCUAACUCAACCCAACGUGAUUUGAGUAGACUCUCAAAGUGAAAUCUCCAUCAAAAUUUGUAUUUUAUUCGAAAAACCAAAACGGAAUGGAUCAAAUGUUUAUGGUACGACCAACUGUGAAACCAUUGCCUAUGUUACACCAACUUGACGACGAUUCCCCUCCACACGAGCUGGAACGAAUGUCGUCCAACGAAUCCACCGGUAGUGCGCCUUCGUCCCCAACGUCUUCGGUGGCCACACCGGUGGUGGCAUCAACAGUCGAAGUACAUCCAGUAGUGAUACGAAAGACACCCAAAUUUCCAUCCCGUGCGAGACAUCUGGCGAUACGACGGAAGAAGGUAUGCCAUCACCAGAAUGGGGACAAUAAUGGGGAGCUGCAGGGUAAUGACUUCGAAGAUGCUGACGGAUCUGGUGGACCAGGUGAUAUCUGUUACUGCGAUAAAACCGGCGACGUCGAUGACGGGUAAGAUUUAUUGCUGUUCCAGUUAAUAGUAUUAAAGGUGCGUAUUGGUCCAAUCUGUUGCUGAAACAGCAAAAUAAAAAAUCAUGGUCAAUCUCCUAAAUAAUAUUUUUCCUUCAUCUUGUUACCCAGAUCAAUACAAUGUUUAUAAUGGAGCUUACAAUUUGAAGCUGUCCGACAUACGAUUACUGAACCAUCAAAACGAGCUGUCAUGGACGCAUUUUUCAAUGGAUCCCUGUAGGAAUAUCUGAGGAAAUCCUCAAAGUAAUACUCGAGGUUAUCUCUGGAGAAGUACUUGAUGGAGUUCCUGAGAGAAUCCCUUCGGAAUCUCCCAAAAAAUGAUCACGUGGUUCAUGGACAGCUCCUAAAGAGAUGUCUUAGAAAACUCCUGGAUAAAUUCCAGAGGAAAUCUCAGAAAAAAUUCCUUCCUAUGAGCAUCAUAGGAGAAAUUUCUGAGGGGAGUUCCUGCACGAGCUCUUGGAAGAAUAUUAGGAAUAGUUCCAGCAAUCUCUGGGAUAAAACUUGGCGGAAUUCUUUAAUCUUCCUUUUGCAUCACAUACGCAGUACGCUGAAAUAGUGUACGGUCAAAAAUGGCCCUAAUGCCGAAGGAGGGUUAAAGAAAAAUCAGAAGAAAUAACUAGGAGUAAUUAAUUUGGAAAAUCCUUAAAACCAAUCCAUCCCUUUCCAAAUCCACACUGAACCCCAAAAAGCCCACCUAAUAUUUCAUUUGUUCACCCGCGUUUUAAGGAGAAUCUUCAGAGAAUACAAACAUGGCUGCCACAAUGGCCGACUUGAUCUCCUACUCACGUUUUCAAGAGCACCAUCUUGGAAAUUUGUAAACAAAUACUCUCAAUUUGUAAAAGCUGCCUUUUUUUUGCAAGUGAGCAAAUCCAGGAUAAACAAGCGCGGCUUGGUUCGAUGCUUCGUUCGUCAGAUUUGUUCCUCUAAAAUUUGUAUGCAAAAUUGCAAUGGGGUUUCUUGAUGUUGACCUUAAGAAUUCCUAAGAUAUCGACUUUAAAAGCACUGUCCCGGGAAAAGCACGCUGGGUGAAUGUGGGUAAGAGGAUGAAUAAGAGACGCACUAUAAUUGAUCUAUGGUUCCAAUCAUUAACGAAACUAAACCCAUCUCUUCCUCGCAGUCUGACGAUGACAUAAUCCUCGCUAAUUAUUCUCGCACAUGGUCUCCGAUUGUUGAACUUACAUAUCUCACGUUUUGCUUUACUUCAUCCGAUGCAACUCGAAAGCAGCUGAGUUAAGUCUACCACUAGUUGAGCAGAAUGUGCAUUGAAACACGAUGGGGGAAUCUGACUCCAUAUGAUCUCAUGCAUUUUCUGCCAUACUCGUUGAGUUACAAAAAAUGCAAACUCAACCGUCUAUUAGUGAUUUCUGCAAUUUUUUUUCGUUCUCGACGCAGUUGUAUGUGGAUAUUUUUUAAGCAAAAAACAUCAACAUCAACAUUUGCGUUUUUUGUGUUGUAUCGUAGUUAAAAUGAGAGAAUCUCUUCUCAAAACAUACAGAUUGCAAACAGCACGGUCAAACAAUUCUAGCCGGUAUUGAAUGACUCAGGAUAUCGUCCACAAUUCAAACGAAUUUUCACACUUUUCAAAAUUGAUCCAUUCGUCGGAGCUAAACUUUUAAAUGUAGCAAGGAAUGUGAAAUUUGUAGUGAAUUAUGCCAAAUCUGUUUUUUUUUUUUUUUUUUUGAAAAGCUGUUUUGUUGUGGAAUCUAACAAAGAGAGCGCCUCUUUCCAAGCAUAUAAUGCAAUGAGAGCGCCGAGAGAUUUUCACCGGAAAACUCCCGAUUUACGAUGACACAGUUGGAAGCUCUUGCUAUCAAACAAAAGAAGCGGAAACGUUUAUCAGUUCGACAUGGGAGCAUGUGCUUGCUCGGGUUUAGAUGUCACACCACUCUUCGUUUUGUACAUAUGUGGUUCGAUGUAGGGUGUAUUGUGUAUGUGUGACUUCGGUUGAAUGUUUAUUUUGCUAAGCCGAAGAGAGGUGGGAGGGUGAACACAUGUGCUAAAGCGGGGAGGAAAUCCGAAGGGUUUGGUUACUUAUCGUAUGAAUACAACUCUGCACUUUUGGUGCUGAGGCGGUGUGACUGAUAAUGUAGAUUCGUGGAAAAAUAAUAGGUCUUCCUGGCCUAUUCUCCUUUUUACUUUGUACAUAGUGGCAAAAUAUACUCUGCAUUACGUGUUUUAAUCAUAUUAUCGGAACAGUAAAAUAUACCUUAAGACAAUAUUUAAUAACUAUACCGAAGAAGACAUCUUAAAGCACAUUUUAUCGCCAGUGAAUCUACUACACCAAUCACAAAACAAUCAUUAAAACGAACAUGUUGAUACAUUUUUUUUAAUUUUUUUGCUGAGCAUUUAAGCUAAGCAGUUUUCUCAAUGUUCUACAUGCUUUUUCAACUACGAAGGAAACAUGUUGUCAGAAGUGUGGGGCAAAAGAUCGAGUGGGGCAAGAGAUUCUUUUGAAGUUUUUGAGCUCAAUUGUUUUUUUUUUAAUUUUGAAAAAUGUAUCGAUUUUUUGAUUUUAUACGAAAGAGCACCUUUUUCUGAGCCACUAUGAUUUUUCUCAGAACUUUAGAACUUUUUUUUUGGUACCUAAAAUCAAUUUCAAAGGGAUUUUUUGAAAUCACCUUGUGACAGCUGGGCAACUGUUUGACAGCUCCGUCCAGUACAAACUGCGACGAGGGGUGAUUCGACAAAUCGCUCCCAUACAAACUUCAAAUUGAUUUUUGAAUAGGUACUAAAAUUCAUGAAAAUUUGGAUUUCGGCUCAGUUUGGCAUGCUGAUUCAGAAUAUGGAAUUAUCUCAACCCCAGAAAGAAGCCAAUUCAAUUUUCUUCUUUCGGUUGUCAAGGUUGAUCAAAGCCUUUUUGAAAAAUAGUCUUUCACUCCAAAAAUUAUGCAAAUCGAUCAAUAUUUCAAAAAGUCAUGACUGACUAUCAAGCCGAGGACCUGGGAUCGAAUCCCACUCCCGACAAAACUCACAAAAUGUGAGUUCUUCCUUCGGAAGGAAAGUAAAGCGUGGGACCCGAGACGAACUAGCCAUGGGCUAAAAAUAUCGUUAAUACAGAAAAAAGUCAUUAAAAAGGGCUUGUUUUUGGUCAAAAAAUUGUAAUAUGCGAUGGGACUUCCAACACAUGGAUUGGAAUUGUAAUGAAAUCGAAUCCGGUCUUUUAUUUUGGGGCGUAACUAGGUAUGUUUUGAAGAUGCUUUAGCAUUAGGGUGUCCAAAAUAGAAAAAGUAUCAAAAAGUUAACUUAGAAUGAUAGAUUAGGGUCCUAGCAACAAUAGUUCCAUACAUGAAAAGUCAAUCAAAAAAUAUUUAGAGGUUGCACGCAUCAUUUUUUUGAAAAAUGGACGAUUGUGGUAUUUUUACCACAAAAAUGCUAAUAUGAGUAUAAAAAUAAAAGAAAUGAAAGUCAUCAAUCAAAGUAAAUCAUAGUUUUGGGUCCCGCAAACAAAGUUUGGAGGGAACUUAUGUCAUCAAAGCUGAUUUUAUAUGUUUGGCAAAGGUUAAAAUAUCAAAAAAUCACGAUUUUUUUCACCAAAUUUUUCAAAAAUGCUCAAUUUAUAAGGAUUUUGAAAUUUUUCCUGCGAUUCACAAUUCCCUUAUUUUAUAGCAAAUUAUUUAGCAAAUGUGUAGAUUAUUUCGGCUGAAGACAGUUUUGAGCUAUCUCCUUCAUGAGUUGAGAUAUCGGCAUAAUAAUGAUAACACAAUCAUUGAAAAUAAUCGGAUUUUCUCAUGUUAAUUGUUUUUGUUCAUUAGUUUUUAUGACUACCAUGCAAAAAAGCAAAUAACAAAUGUUUGACAUGUUAUGUUAUAAAAGAACACAUUAUUGAAGAUUUUGAGAAAUAAUUAUGCUUACCGGUUCAAAGAAAGAUUCGAAAAGUAACUCGCUGCGAAAUUUUAAUAAUAUUCAUCAGUGAUCGCAAGUCAGACAAUCAAAUUCCAUGUGUGAAGCUCUACACUCUUAAAAAAAAUAUAAAUUUACACGUGACGUAAACCAUCAACGUACGUAAACAUUUCAUGACUGAAUGGCAAAUUUGACUAAAUUUCACAUCCAUCAUAUACGUUUGAGUUGGUUGCACAAGAUGUCAACAAACCUAUCUGACAAGAUAGUUAGAAACAGUUUUCCAUUUAUCGUUCGUCUCACAACUCGGUGAUACAGCCAAGAGAAGUAUUUGCCUCUCAAUCAGCGGACCAGAGUUCGAAUCCUGUUCAUUAUUUUACUUACAUAUGUUUUUUUAUCUCUCGCUUCGGCUCUAACGAUUGCUAGCUCCUUUUAUGUGCAUCUAAGUGAACUUAAAUUUACAUGAUUUUUUUCUAAGAGUGUAUAUUUUGAGUGAUGUGUAGACCGCUCAAAAAUGUUUACCUUUUUUAAAUAGAUUUUGGUGCUCUUGUUAAGUAGACAUAUAGGUUAUUUCUAGUUAUAUCAGAACUACUGCUCUAACAUUGAAAACAACUAAAAUAAAAUAAAAAUAGCUAAUAAAAACUGUAAGAAAGAAAAAUAUAGUUUUAUAGUUUCAGCCAAUCGACAUUAAAAUUUAAAU